CUUCUUCUUCUUCUUCUAAAUGCUCAUAAUUCUUCUGCCAUAGAAAUAUAUAUAUAACUAAGGGGUUUCAAAGGGACGUGAAGUUUAAUUAGCAAUGGCUGGAGGAGGUUUUGCAGCGCAGUCCGGGAGCCAUUUCGAGGCGAAGAUCACCCCGAUUGUCAUCAUAUCAUGUAUUAUGGCUGCCACAGGCGGCCUUAUGUUCGGCUACGACGUCGGUGUCUCGGGUGGUGUGACUUCUAUGGGUCCUUUCCUUGAGAAAUUCUUCCCGGUGGUUUACAGGAGGACUAUUGACAAAGAUUCAGACAAGAGCAAUUACUGCAAGUACGAUAAUCAGGGUCUUCAAUUGUUCACUUCAUCAUUGUACUUGGCCGGGUUAACGGCUACUUUCUUCGCAUCCUACACCACCAGGAAGCUCGGCCGGAGACUCACCAUGUUGAUCGCCGGAGUCUUCUUCAUAGUCGGUGUAGUGUUUAACGCCGCCGCCAUGAACAUCGCCAUGCUCAUCGUCGGAAGGAUCCUUCUAGGUUGCGGCGUCGGUUUUGCUAAUCAGGCUGUACCGUUGUUCCUGUCGGAGAUAGCACCGACGAGGAUCCGAGGAGGUCUGAACAUCCUGUUUCAACUGAAUGUGACAAUUGGAAUUCUUUUCGCUAACCUCGUCAACUAUGGCACAGCAAAAAUCAAAGGUGGUUGGGGUUGGAGAUUGUCAUUAGGGUUGGCCGGAGUCCCUGCCGUAAUGCUGACCUUGGGAGCAUUGUUGGUUGUGGACACUCCCAAUAGUUUGAUAGAACGCGGUCGCUUGGACGAAGGAAAGUCCGUGCUUAGAAAGAUCAGAGGCACCGAUAACAUCGAGCCCGAGUUUCUUGAACUCGUUGAGGCUAGCCGCAUUGCCAAGGAGGUCAAGCACCCCUUCAGGAACCUUCUACAACGUCGAAACCGUCCUCAACUCAUCAUCGCCGUCGCUCUACAGAUAUUCCAGCAAUGCACGGGUAUCAACGCCAUCAUGUUCUACGCGCCCGUGCUCUUUGACACGCUAGGGUUUGGUAGCGACGCGGCUCUUUACUCGGCGGUGAUCACGGGGGCGGUAAAUGUAGUUUCCACCGUGGUCUCAAUUUACUCUGUUGACAAGGUGGGGCGGCGGUUUCUCCUCCUGGAAGCUGGGGUUCAGAUGUUAUUAUCUCAGGUGGCGAUUGCAGUCAUUUUAGGCGUUAAAGUCCAAGACUCCACCAACAAUCUCCACAAAGGAUUUGGAAUCCUCGUGGUGGUCUUGGUUUGCACCUUUGUUUCGUCAUUCGCGUGGUCUUGGGGACCGCUCGGGUGGCUAAUCCCCAGCGAGACUUUCCCUCUCGAGACUCGGUCGGCUGGACAGAGUGUGACUGUCUGUGUCAACUUGCUGUUCACGUUUGUGAUUGCUCAGGCGUUCCUCUCUAUGCUGUGCCAUUUCAAGUUCGGAAUCUUCCUGUUUUUCUCGGGGUGGGUACUUAUCAUGUCGGUGUUUGUGUUCUUUUUGGUGCCUGAGACGAAGAACAUUCCGAUUGAAGAGAUGACUGAAAGGGUGUGGAAACAACAUUGGCUAUGGAAGAGGUUCAUGGAAGAUGAAGGUCAUGUAGUUAAGGGAUACCCCAUGGGUAAAAUUGAACAUGUUUACGGUACUUCUGUUGCAUGAUCUUCUGCUAAUUAGUUUCAUUGUAAUAUUAGAAAACAAGAAGAAAUAUGGAUGAUCAUAUUCAUCCAACAACUAGGAUUCGUAUUUAUCUUAGAAUCCUAAAGAUAUGUUGUUCUCACCAGUUUAAUCAA